AUGUCGGGGAACGUGGGAAUGGAGCAGCUCAUCCCACUAGUCAACAAGUUGCAGGAUGCGUUCUCUUCCUUGGGAGUACCUUUAAAUUUGGAUUUGCCACAAAUUGCCGUUGUUGGCAGCCAAAGCGCCGGGAAAAGUAGCGUUCUGGAAAAUUUCGUCGGGCGGGGGAAUCUGAUCAAAUUUCGGAAAGAAACUCCAAAGCCGACCUCCAGUGAGCUCAGCCUUUGUUCUUCUCCAAGUAAUGGGCCAGAUGAAGACGGUCGCUCCUCAGAGGUUGCAAUGUGCAAAGGCCAACCACACGCGGUUGCACUUUACGACUUUGACACCAAUAUAGACGGUGAUUUACAAUUUAAGGCGGGCGAUAUUAUACUACUGCAAGAAGUGAUUGACCACUCCUGGUACAGAGGCCGAUCUCUCGCAACCGGGCAAGUGGGUAUUUUUCCGUUAAACCACGUGAAUAUCCGAAUUGACUUGGACACCGGUUCCUCGACAAAGCUUCAUACGAAACCAAUGGUGGUCAGAGUGGAUGAGAAUGGCGCGACAAAGAGCUUGACAACGGAUGCAUACGAAUCCGCUCUAACACCUGUCAGGAAAUUCCCCUGCGGUUCUCCACUGAGACCUCCAGCUCCUCCAGUCAAGCCGGAUAUGUCUUCUCUGCAUCGUUUCAAAGCCGAUCAAAUCCACUCUGCUGGCUCUUCCACGCCACCGGUAAUCUUGGGUUUACGCCCGAGAUCGCAAACUACUGUGUCCCAGUUAGCACAUACGCUGGAACAGCGUGGAGUCGCCAUCAAUCGUGGGGGUCACCUACCUAUUGGUGCCAAAGCCUUGUUCCCAUCCUCCAGCAAACAAUACAGUUCAACUGGGGAUACUGUCAAAUCGCCCCCAUGGCGAUCGGAUGGAGAAACACGCAAUAGAUCAUAUUUACAUCCAACGCCACAGAUGGUAAAAACUCCUUUGGUUAUCAUUAGUCGUGAAUCUAUGAAACCUCCCGGGGGCUUCAAGCCGAGCAUCACCGGCAUGGCAUCCAAUCCGGAUUUUUCGGUCGGGGCACUUGGUGAAUGUGGCCAGAAUGCCGGACACUCGAGUGCUAGCAGUGGCCGUGAAAGAUUGGUGACCACGGUAUCAGACAUUAAUCUCCGUAAUCGGCUGACAGAUCAGCAAAGGAACUUGAUGCCUAUGUUUAAUCGGGCGAGAGCAAGCAGCUCCUAUGUUGACAACGCACGCUCGCCCGCGUGUAUACCAGACGAGCCUCCUGGAGUAGUUCAGUCUGCCAACGAUCACUUGAGUCAUCCCCAGAUAUCGGGAGUCAAACCAAUCUUGGACAUGAAUCCGGUCGAUGGAACCGCCAUGAAGCUUUCCGAAGCUGAGACACUUCCUUUCAAGGCAAAUACUCAAUCCGAGUCAAUCGACACAUCAAGCCCUCCAAAAAGUACCUGUCACAACAACCCUUCGGGCCUCACGUUGUCACAUGUGAUAGAACCUGUUUCUAAGUUUAUCAUCGGAGAGCAUAAUGAAAUCCAAGAGUCCUCCAACGGGGGUCAGUGGCUCCUGGUAUUGCACGAUUACACCGCUAUGGAACCAGGUGACCUCACUGUCAAGGCAGGUCACGUUAUUCGUUGUCUAACCCCUCUGGCCCCUCCUGCUAAUUUGUAUGACAUGGAUAUCCCCGAUUGUUGGCUUCACUGCGUCACUUGGUUCAAUGUAGAGGGCCAGGUGCCAAGUACCUUUGUGCGCCGAAUAUUGGACUCCGAAGAGUUGGAGAGAUGGAUGCAAUGUCGCCCACGGGCGAAAGUCAUGUAUGAAUUCAACGCGGAGACCGAUGGCGAUCUGGAACUGAAGGUUGGAGACCUUGUAUACCUCCACGAGGCAAUCGAUGCGAAUUGGUAUCGGGGAGAGAACGCAGCGACAGGUGACAAAGGCAUGUUUCCAGCUCCGUUUGUUCGUGUAUUAUAUCCACUGUAG